GUACAAACUGCGAAAUAUUGAGGAAACAGAGGCAUCAAAAAAGCUCUUGCAGGAGAAGAAGCUUGUGGGUCGUGCGAAAGCAGAGUCCAGCCUUCCUUCAAGUUUUAGUGCUGACUUUUUUCAACGUGGCAAGGAUUAUGCUGAAAAACUCAGAAAA